AUGGCAGCAGCUGCACAAAAAAUCCUUGGUAGGCUUGGUUCACUUGGUGUCGGUCUUGCUAUAGCUGGUGGAGUUGCCCAGUCGGCGCUGUAUAAUGUCGAUGGCGGUCAACGGGCUGUGAUUUUCGAUCGGUUUGCGGGUGUAAAAGACGUCGUUGUUAGUGAAGGAACCCACUUCCUUGUUCCUUGGGUCCAAAAGCCCAUUUUAUUCGAUAUUCGCUCAACUCCUAGGGCGAUUUCAACUAUUACGGGAAGUAAAGACCUCCAGAACGUGUCUAUUACUCUGCGUAUACUUCAUCGACCAGAUCCGACAAAACUUCCUAAUAUUUACCUUAAUAUUGGUCUGGAUUAUGCAGAAAGAGUACUGCCAUCCAUUACUAACGAAGUUUUGAAGGCAGUUGUGGCCCAAUUUGAUGCACACGAAAUGAUCACGCAACGUGAGACAGUUUCACAACGUGUUUCAUUGGCUUUAUCUCAGAGAGCCGCACAAUUCGGACUUCUUCUAGACGACAUUUCUAUCACUCACUUAUCAUUUGGACGUGAGUUUACAGAAGCCGUUGAGAUGAAGCAGGUAGCACAACAAGAAGCAGAAAAAGCUCGUUAUCUUGUCGAGAAGGCGGAACAGAUGAAGAUCGCUGCCAUCACAACAGCAGAAGGCGACGCACAGGCCGCUAAACUACUGAGCAAAGCCUUUGCCGACGCUGGAGAUGCUUUAGUAGAGUUGCGGAAAAUUGAAGCUGCUGAAGAGAUUGCCGAACGAAUGUCCAAGUCUAAAAAUGUCACUUAUCUUCCUGGGAAUCAGAAUGUAUUGCUGAAUUUGCCACAUUAG